AUGGCUGUACCAGACAGCGGAGGAGGCAACUACAGACAUGAAGGACCGAGGGAGAGUCUGGCUGAGCAGUUAUCCCGCUCCGCCUGGGAAAUGUUAUUUCGCCGGUAUAAGACCAUCGCCCCCUUCAGUUUUGUCGAUGAGACCCUCUUUGAAACCCCCAAAAGACUUUCCCUGGAUCCCUCUGAAAGAUCAAUUGUCAUCUCCCGGUUUGAGCUGGAGAGAAUCAGGAAGGCAGCUCAUGUCUGGACCAUAGAGGAGAGAGAGGCAGAGCUCGAGUUCCAGCGCAGGGAGAGAGAGGCAGCAAAGAUUGCCGCUGAGGAAAGGAAGGCAAAGAUGCGGCGGGCGGAUAUGAUCCGGAAGAAGAAGCAGGGACUGACCCGCCUGGAGGCGGAGGCCCGAGAGAAGUCCCUGUACCUGGUGGAGAGGGCCAAUGAGCAGAGGCUGGAGGAGGACCCGGAGAUGAAGAACUUCAACAAGCUGGUUCUGGGAGCCAAGUGCUGUGCCGCUCUUGAUGCUCAGGUACAGGAGAAGCGGCAGAUGAUGGCAGAGGAGGAGGCGGAGGAGCGGAGGUGCAAUGCCAUGAUGGAGGAGGACCGGCGCGCAGCCCUGAGGGCUCAGGAGGAGAACGAGGAGCUGCGCAAACAGGAGAGAAUCAGGGGGAAGAUGCGAAUCCAGGAGCAAAUUGAGGAGCAUCUGGAGGAGAGAUGGAAGCAGGACGAGAUGAAAGAGCAAGAGAAGCAGAAACUGUUGAAUAACAUGGAGAAAAUCAAAAUGGAGGAACUCAAGGCUCUGGCCAGGAAGAAGGAGGAGCAGAAACGCCUCCAUCAAGAGGUCCUUGAAAUGAGCAAGGAGAGCCAACGAGCCAAGGAGCGCAAAAAGGAAGAGGAACGACUGGCUGACAUUCAUGUUUUGGAGCACACCUGCAAGAAAAUGGACCAGGAAGCCACCCAAAGACAGAUGAAGAAGGGGAAGGAGAGAGAUGCAGCACAGCUGAGGGUCCUCCAGGAGAGAGAGAGAGCCAGGGCAGAGCAGGAUGAGCAGCGACUCAGGAGGAACCAGGAAGCUGUGGAGAAUGAGUGGAGGAGGAAGGAGCAGGAGCAGGCCAAAAGGAAGGUCGAUGACAAGGAGAGACUGAAGGCUACCCGGCUGGAGCAGCUGUCCGAAAAGGAGUCCAACCUUGCCAUUAAGGCAGCACGUGAACGAACAGAGUUCAAGAAGACGCUGAGGGCCCAGAGUGAGGACUUUGCCUGGGAAAAGGAGAAGGAGGAGAGGAGGCACCAGCGGGCGGCACAGUACCUGUACGGUGUGCGGCAGCAGAUGAGGGAGCGUGAGGUGCAGGCCAUUGAGCAGCGUAGGGUGGAGCUCCAGGAGCAUGAGCGCCUCCUGGAGGAGGCUCUCUACCGGCGUGCACACCUGAACGAGAUCAAGGCCAAGAAGCUAAUGGAGCUGAAGGCAGCUGGAAUUCCUGAAAAAUACUGCGCUAAGGUGGAGAAAAAGGUCUCCACUCAAUCUACAUCUUCACAAACAAGGAAGGUGGAGUAA